CCCCUAAUAUCCAGUGAUCUCCCUUGUCUCCAUUGAUUGAUGCGUCUUGAAUCCGGCACGCAAUGCCACUUCCUUGCCCCCACCACAUUCGGUUUCGGUCUCGUCUCUGAAUUAUCAUAUGCUUAUUGCGACCUGCAAUUCUCUUCACCAAGUAUCCCCCAAAAGGGAAGUUCGAAGGGGGGAGGGGGGGGGGGGAGAUGGUUAACCAGUAGCACAUUAUUUUCAGAAUUUCGGCUCAUCGAUAAAUUCCAGAGAAACCCAACAUUGGUGGCUCGUCAACAAUGCUAUGAACCUACAAACGUGGCUUCCUAAGGGACCCACUCCUCCGAUACGUGGCUUUACCUUAUUGCCGUCAUCCAGUUGGUCCCUUUUAUGUGUUCAAUUCGUGUCAUGAUCCUCAUCAUGUUUUCCCUUCCCCGAGUCACUCCCUCUGCAAUUUCUUAGCUUCUCUGGCCAACUUUCAGGAAGAGAGACACAAUGAAGAUCUUCAACUGGGUGCACAAGAGGUUUCAUCAUAGCGCUUUCAAAGAUGGGUUUGCUUCAAACAUUAAAAAGACUGAACCUACGCUGAACGACGCGGAUAGUCAAGCUUUACUGAAACAAAUUGCCCUUGGCGAUGUCCUUGAUGGUUGGAAAGAUGGCAUUCUGACCAUUGGAACCCUUGGUUAUGAUCCCCUUGGGUCCUUUAACCAGCAGAAAGAAUACCAGGCUCUGGAGAGUGAAGAUGAACCAGAUGACGAAGGUGAUGGAGGAGAGCACACCAUUGUUGAUGGUGAUGAAGAUGUGGAUUAUAAUGUUGAACAUGAAGAACUGAAUCCAUUGAUGCACAACACGUUUGAGCAUAACUAUGAGGAUACUUUUGAACCAAACCACGGUGCUAAUGCUAGUGAACAGGGCUUGGCUAUGACCCUCAGUGAGAGUUUUCUGACUCCCACUGUGGUAUCUCAUGAAAUCACUGAAUUAAGCGCCAUGGAGACCGAUCAGAGGAAGAAGAAAGGGGAAAGAAUAACACUAGCUGACCUCUUCUUGGCUGAUUCUGACGUUCAAAUGAAAGUGGACCGUGCCAAAGUUUUGCUGGAGCCACAUGAAAAACCAAUCCUUAAAUCAAAGCAUGGACUGUCAUUCACCAAGAAGUUCUUUCCACUUGUGAAGGACAAUUCACACCCUGUGAAAAAUAUACAGCGACUGAUGAAGAAGAUGUUAAAGAAGAAAAUCCAUCCAGAGCUUGAUGUUAAGAGUCUCAAACAAGCGGACCAGGAAAAUCAAGAAGCCAAUGACUCUACUACUUUGCUUCCAAUUUAAGGUACAAGCUAGUUGGUUUAGCUAUGGAGCUAGAAUCUGUGUUUAUCUUGAAACCUAUUUUUGUUAAAGAAACAUAAGAAAGAUUAGGUACUUGAUUGUGUAUUUUAAGAACAAUGCGUUGAACCCUGUGAUUCUGCCUUGUGAUAUCUCUAUGUUGUAUUUGGUCUCCUUCAUCUCUGGCUGAACAUCGUUGUAGCCUGACAGUGGUUGUCUCUAAUAUCUGUGGCUGUGGUUCAUAUCUUCUCUUUCUGCAUUAUGAUGCAGUUUUUUAUAAGGUGCUGCAAAUAUUCUAGUAACAAAGACAUUCGAAUUUUACUUCCUUUAA